CCAAAGCAAAGCCAAAACAAGAGUCUCUUCCUCUCGGGGACACGCCCGUCGAUCCCCGCCGCUCGCUUCCUCCCCACCUCCGCCAUGGCCGACGUCCCCGACGAAUCCGCCACCCAAACCCAGGCCCGCGGGUGCAGCCUGUAUCCCUUCUCGUUCCCUUCCCAGCCGCCGGACAUCAGGAACUGGUUCUCGAGUUACCAGUACGAGUCGCCGGAGGUGCCGGAGCUGGCUGUUGACCCUCCUGCCGUCGACAACGGCAGCGAGACCCAAGACCCGUUGGAGUUCCGGGUGGCUGGGCAUUCAUUUCUGAAGCAAGCCCCUCGGGAUGGCAGUACUGAUUUGAAGGGGGGCUGUUUUGGGAGCCAAGCUGAACCUGUUGAGGUUUCUGCCAGAGAAGAUAUCCUUCCGAUUUGUAGGAGCACGGUGGAAAAGGGCAUGAAAAGGAAGCAAAGCCUGCGGGGGCUGUUUGGGUCAGGUUUUCUGGACGACCAUGAAGAAGGUAUUCAAACUGAAAGUCAGGUUGUGUCGCCUGUGCAGAGAAGUGCAGUGGAUCCUCCGUGGAGCCGCAACUGGGUAGGCUUACAGAAUACAAAGCGCAGCCAUGAAGGCAUGGUGGAAUACAGCGAGCUGCCGACUGAUAGUGAGAGCACUUGUAUAGCUGAAACUCAAACUGAAAGUCGAGUGGUGUUGCCUGUGCUGAGAAGUGCAGUGGAUCCUCCAUGGGACUGCAACUGGAUAGGCUUAAGGAAUGGAAAGCGCAGCCAUGAAGGCAUAGUUGAAUACAGCGAGCUGGAUAGUGAGAGUACUUGUAUAGCUGAAACACAAGAAAACCCAGCAGGAGGUUUGGAGAUUGACCACAGAAAACUUCCAGUUAAUUGCCGUGGUACUAGUUUAGCUGGUAUUGAAGAAGGUUUCCUAGAAGAUGAAAUUGAACACUGCAACCUGCCAGUUGAUUCUUGCAGUAAAGGUCCAUCAGAUGCUGAGAAAACUAAGCAAAGUCUACGAGGGUUGUUUGGAGCAGGUUCUUUAGACAACCAUGAUGAAGCUCCUCAAACUGAAAGUCAGGCAGUGUCGCCUGUGCUGAGAAGUGCAGUGGAUCCUCAUUGGAACUGCAACUGGAUAGGCUUACAGAAUAGAAAGCGCAGCCAUGAAGGCGCAAUUGACGACAGCGAGUUGCGGACGGAUAGUGAGAGCACUUGUAUAGCUGAAACUCAAGUAAAUCCCCCAGGAGGUCAGCAGACCAACUACAGCAAACAGCCAGUUAAUUGUGGUGGUACUAGUUUAGCAGCAGAUACUAGCCUAGAAGAUGGCAUUGAACAUAGCAACCUGCCGGAUAAUUUUCCUAGUAAAGGCCUAGCGGGUAGUGAGAAGCCUAAGCGAAGUCUGCGAAAAUUGUUUGGAGCAGGUUUUCUCAAGGAUUGUGAUGAAGCUAAUGAAUCUGAAACUCGGGUGGUGUCGGCUGUACAGAGAAAUGCAGUGCAGCCUCUGUCAAAUUGCAAUGCUGCAGGCUUGCCUCACAUCGAACAUAUCCAUGAAGGCGCAGUCGGAUACAGUGAGCUACCGGCAGAUCACGAUGUCAUCAGUAUAGCUGAAACUCGAGAAAAUCCCCCAGCAGGUCAGGUGAUCGAACACAACAAACUGCCCGUUAACUGUGGUAGUAUGAGUUUAGCAGCAGAUACUGAAGAAGGUUUCCUAGAAGAUGGCAUUGAACACAGCAAACUACCAGUCAAUUCCCAUAGUAAAGUCAUAGCUGAUACUGAUGAAACUGGCAUCGAACACCGCACACUCACCGUUAGUUCUGGUGGUAUUGGUUCAGCUGUCACAGACGAAAGCUUUCCUGGAGAUGAAAUCAGCCGAAGCAAGCGUAAACUGGAGCAUAAGAAAACAGAAGAAACAGCUGCGGCGGAUGGUUUCGUUGCAAUCAGGACAAAGGUGAAGCCAGCUGAGGAUUGCAGGACAAACAAGAUUCCCAAGGUCUCAACAGGAAGAGAGAACACAACAUUGCAAGAGAACCGCUGCAUUUCGGGGACUACUCCUUUGGGCCAAGGUAGCACUAGAAGCCCCUUGUCAGAUAGGACCAAUAUUUCAGAAGUUGCAGGAGCUCCAUCACAGGAGAUCAGCGGCAAAUGGAAGCACCCUCGCAAAGGCAAGCCCUCCGUUGGCCCUCCGAUGAUACAGCUGCGGUUGGAACAAUGGGUGCGCCGAGUGUAACACUAUAACAUUGUUCAGUUUGGUAAGGAGAGUUUGUGUCAGGAUGAAGCUGGAAUGUUCACCUGACAAAUUAGGUGUCAUGUUCUGCUUUGGUUUUCCUGCCAAACCUGCAUUAGAAGUGCAUCUCCUUUGCAUCGACCAGAAGUUCCUUCGCAACUGCUGCUACAUCCAUCUAUCUGUUAUGGCGUCAUGGUAUGUGCAGCUGACUGAAUGUAGUAGAUAAAGUGCAGAACUUUACAUCGGGCGUUCAGUUGUGAUUGAACUAAUUUACGAAUUGGGAUCUGUUGAACAUGUCAA